CUGGAAUCGUGAUAGCCUUGCGGCUUUAGCGUCGAGAUCGAUCAGCAUUGAGCGCACCGUACUUUUGCCAUGAGCUCUGACCAGGAACAAUUACUCGCCGACAUCGUCAAUCCUAAACCUGAGACCGCAGAACGUUUGCUGAAGGAACUUGGGCUCUCCGGCGUUCCGGACAGAGAACACGUCCAUCAGGAAUUAGAAAAGAGAUUCCUCUUACCGAACGACACGCUUCCGACGCACUGGCUUCCCACGUAUCAAAUACACUGGGACCGGAAGCUUGAGAUCCCCUCUUUGCUCAAGGUCGCUCCAUCCCCAGCCCCGACCACAGUCUCCUUCGUUCGCGCAGGCCUCGAGGGACGGGUAACGGGAUAUACUGAAGUACCCACCACACGGCUCAGUACCGGGUUGACUUCCACCUCUCUAGAACGAGCACCCGCCCCCAGCAAAAGCUUUGUCCGCGGAAAGUCUGGAUAUGUCCCCUUCUGGCCCGGUGGACUGGAUGAAGCUCUCAAAGAAUCGGCUGAUCCAGUCGAGCUCGAUAAGAGUGUGAAAGGACUGAGGACCAUCCCUCCCGGUUUCACGAGAGGACUCCGACUGCCUGGUGAUGAUCCCGAUGAUGAGAUACUCGGAGACCUGGGUGAUAGGGAAAAUGAGAUUGAGGGUUCCUUUGAGAAUGGGAUUCAGCCCGAAAGUUUCAUAGAAGACCCCGAAGACACUGAACAGACCAAUGGCUUCGUACCAAACGGCGCAGAAAUAGACGAUUUACUUCCAAUGACGAAAACAAGUUUGAAUCCUUUGUCAUCAGGGCGUAAACGCAUCAAGCGCGCCAAAAUCGAGAAACGGGAAUGGGCGCAUGUUGUAGAUAUCAAUAAGCCCAUGAAGAACUUCCACGAGUUAGUGCCCGAGAUGGCACACAAGUAUCCUUUCGAACUUGAUACUUUCCAGAAGGAGGCCGUGUAUCAUCUGGAGAUGGGCGACUCUGUCUUCGUCGCUGCUCACACGUCCGCCGGGAAGACUGUCGUAGCGGAAUACGCGAUAGCUCUAGCGGAGAAACACAUGACAAGAGCGAUCUAUACAUCUCCCAUCAAGGCUCUCUCCAAUCAAAAAUUCAGGGAUUUCAAGCAAACUUUCUCGUCCCAAUCUGUCGGCAUCUUGACCGGAGAUGUGCAGAUCAACCCUGAAGCAAGUUGUCUCGUGAUGACGACCGAGAUUCUGAGAAGCAUGCUGUACAAAGGUGCAGACCUCAUUCGAGACGUUGAAUUUGUCAUAUUUGAUGAAGUCCACUACGUCAAUGAUGCUGAGAGAGGUGUCGUUUGGGAAGAGGUCAUCAUUAUGCUUCCAGACCAUGUCAAUAUAAUCCUUCUGUCUGCGACUGUUCCUAAUGCGAAGGAAUUCGCAGACUGGGUUGGGCGGACGAAGAAAAAGGAUAUCUAUGUAAUCUCUACAGCGCAACGUCCAGUGCCAUUGGAGCACUUCCUCUAUGCUGGGCGCGAGUUGUACAAGAUCGUCGACGCGAAGCGGAAUUUCCUGGGUCUAGGAUACAAGGAUGCAGGAGAAGCACUCAGACGUAAACAGGACAAGGAACGGGAAGCCGCUGGUUUGCCACCUGUUCAGCGCGUUGGCGCUCGAGGCGCUGCUCCAGCCCAGCGAGGCCAACGUGGAGGGCAGCGUGGUGGCCCGCCGACGCGGGGAUCAUCUGGACGUGGAGGUGCUGGGGUUCGAGGAGGGGGGCCACAAAGGACGGUUCAUCAAGGGACGGAUAAGAGUCUUUACGUGCACUUACUUGGCCAUCUCAAGAAGAAGUCGUUAUUGCCCGUUGUCAUAUUCACGUUCUCCAAGAAGCGUUGUGAGGAGAAUGCGGCAACGCUUGUCAACUUGGAUCUGUGCACAGCCUUGGAUAAGAGCGAAAUCCACGUAACGAUUGAGAAGGCAUUGUCAAGACUAGAGGCAUCUGACAAGAAGCUACCUCAAAUCAGUCGUAUGAGGGACCUCCUUUCCCGCGGCAUUGGUGUUCACCACGGUGGUUUGCUUCCUAUUGUGAAAGAAGUCGUCGAGAUCCUGUUUGCACGGGGACUGGUCAAAGUCCUGUUCGCCACGGAAACCUUCGCUAUGGGAGUCAAUAUGCCCGCUAAAUGCGUCGUCUUCUCCGGAACUCGAAAACACGACGGGCGCAGCUUUAGAGAUAUUCUGCCCGGUGAGUAUACCCAGAUGGCUGGCCGCGCGGGUCGUCGUGGUCUGGACACUACCGGUACUGUGAUCAUUAUUGCGAAUGACAACAUCCCGGAGCAAACCACGCUUCAACACAUGAUCCUCGGGACUCCCGCGAGACUCCAAUCCCAAUUCCGACUGACGUACAACAUGAUCCUGAAUUUGCUCCGUGUUGAGGCGUUAAGAGUGGAGGAGAUGAUCAAGCGCAGCUUCUCUGAAAACGCGACGCAGAAGCUACUCCCUGAUCAUCAAAAGAAGGUGAUAGAGAGCGAGAAAAAGCUUGCCUCGUUCCCCACACUCGACCCUGAUAUUGAGGCCUAUUAUGACGCAUCGUUUGACAUCGUCACUCUGACCCGACAACUGGUGGCUAUUGGAAACAAAUAUCUCACGUCUGGAAGGGUAGUCAUUCUCCGAGAUGGUCAUUUCAAGUCUAAUGUCGCAACGAUCUUGAAGCCUACCAGAGGGCCCACGGAUGAUUCGAAGAUGUUCCUGGUCUUGGCACUGGUCGAUCCCGAGACACGAAGCAGGAAGUAUGACGUCGACUAUGAUGCGAUGCCGCCUCGCUGGCCGAUAGAUCCUCACUCUUUGAAGGUCAGAGAGGCCAACUACGAGAUCCUCCGAGUACCGUGGAAGAGCAUCGCGAUGAUCACAAAUCAGAAUAUCAAGGUCGACUUGGUCGCUAUUCUCACUCGUCGCUGGAUAUCUGCCAUGCGCGAGGUUACGAGGGCACUUGUCGCCCUUGUCGAUGAGUGGUGUAAUGUUGGCGAAGUCCCGGAAAUCAACUGGGGUAAACAGCGGUCACUCGAGAUGCAGGAGGUCUUGCAAGCUCGAGAUGAAUUGACGAAGCAACUGGCCGAUAAGGCCUUUUGCACGUCUCGCCCCGAGUUUGAUGAGCACUAUUCCGUAGUUCACGCAGAGAAAGUGCUCCGUGCGAGCAUAGCGAACCUCAAGAUGGCAAUAUCAGAUCAGAACCUGGAGCUCAUACCCGAUUACGAGCAGCGGAUCGCUGUCCUCCAGGAGCUGCAGUUCAUUGACGAGAACUCUACUGUUUUACUGAAAGGACGCGUAGCUUGCGAGAUCAAUUCUGCAAAUGAACUCGUGCUUACAGAGCUCAUCCUCGAAAAUAUGCUGGCAGUAUACGAUCCGGAAGAAGUUGUCGCAUUGCUUUCGUGUUUCGUCUUCCAAGAGAAAACAGACGUCGAGCCGGAACUACCGCCGAAGCUGCAGGAAGGUCGGGAUGCAAUCAUCGCGAUCAACGAAAGGGUUAGCAAGGUACAGGAGGCCCAUCAAGUACCGGGCGAAGAGUUCCGUCAGUUAAAGUUCGGCUUGAUGGAAGUCGUCUACGAGUGGGCAAAAGGAAUGCCGUUCUCGCAGAUCACUGCGUUGACUGACGUCGCAGAAGGUACUAUUGUACGUGUCAUCACUCGACUCGAUGAGACCUGUCGCGAAGUGCGAGACGCCGCGCGAGUAAUUGGAGACGCGGACUUGAUGAAGAAGAUGGAAGAAGCUCAACUAAAGAUCAAAAGAGAUAUUGUCUUUGCGGCUAGUCUGUAUUUCUAGACCCUCUGGAAUAUUGUGUAGUCUUCUCUGUAUCGUUAGAUAGUAUGGAUAGAGAAUCGACCUUGUGUAUGUGCGCAGACAUGGC